AUGCAUACUGCAGACGGGACACGUACUCAUUCUGCAGGUGCCAAAGACUUUGCACCAAAUGAAGCAGCACCAGUUUACGCAAACACGAAUAAUAAUGUGGUUUCAGCAACAUCGAGGCCAGGAUCAGAUGGGAAUAAUACAUCCACUACUGGGUCACGUCUUGAUGAUUUUCGACUCAUUAGCAAGUUGGGAGAGGGGACGUUUUCUGAAGUGCUAAAGGUGAAACAUAAACGGUCUGGAAAAAUAUAUGCUAUGAAGAGGUUUAGGAAGCAUUUUCAGAGUAUGGAAGAAGUAGAGAGUCUGCGAGAGAUACAGGCAUUGAGGAGGCUUAAUCCGCAUCGACAUAUAAUAGAUUUGGAGGAGGUUGUAUUUGAUACACGAGCAGGUGUCCUAUCACUAACAUUUGAACUCAUGGACUGCAAUCUCUACGAACUGAUUACUCGAGAAAACGCUGCUGCAGAUGUCACAGAGACACGUUGUAAAUUCUACUUUUUGCAGAUAUGUCGAGCGCUAGAGUACAUGCAUGGCAAAGGGAUUUUUCAUCGUGAUAUUAAACCUGAGAACAUAUUGGUCAAAGACCACAUCAUCAAACUAGCCGAUUUCGGCAGCUGUCGCGGAAUCCACUCUCGCCCACCAUACACCGAAUACAUUGCCACACGGUGGUACCGACCACCCGAAUGUCUCAUUGCAGACGGCCGAUAUGGUGCACCUAUGGAUAUAUGGGGCGCAGGUUGCGUUCUAUUCGAAAUCACAACCAAAAAUCCACUAUUUCCCGGUGCUAACGAGGUCGAUCAGCUUGCACGAAUCCAUGCUAUAAUUGGAACACCGAAUGAGAAACUGCUGAGGCGGAUGGUUGGUGCUGGUGGACGUGGAAGUGCGUUACUGCAACAGGGACAGGCACAGUUGCAGGCUAGUGGGAUUAAAGCGCAUGCGGAUGGGAAUAGUAGUAAUGGGUUGAUGAAUUUGAUGAGUGGGUUUAGUAAGGAGUGUCAGGAUAUGGUUUGUGCGAUGGUGUCGUAUGAUCCUGACGAAAGACUUACAGCACGACAAUGCUUACGGCACCCCUUCCUCCGCGACGCUGAAGAACCAUCACCACCACUAGCACCAAUUCCGAACGCAGACCUCAUCGCUCGCUCAAAUGUCGAACACGGUAAACCACCACUAGCACAAUCAAACUCCAAACCUGCUGUUAUAACCGACGCUCAUGCAGCUGCUCUUGCAUCAGUAACACCACCACAUAUCGGAAACACUUACGUGAAACGCCAGAAAUCAAAAGCUUCUGUAGGACACCUACCUCCUGCCGCACAACUGAUACAGCCACAGCACCACGAGAUCGUUGACGUCAAGAUAAAUCGUGGUGCCAACAAGCAGCUUUCUGCACGUGCAGAAAAGGGUCUUCAGCCAGAGAAGAAGCAAUAUGCAAGUGUUGCUAAAGCUUCGUCUCAGAAUCUGGCUGUGAAGAAAUAUGGCAGUACACAGUUUGGAAAGGCUGUGCAGCAGCAACAGCAGCAGCAGGGUAUACAUCAACAGCAAACAAUACAACAGCAGCAGCAAGUACGAACAAAACUAUCUCAACAGCAACAACAGCAAGGUGGUUUAACACGCAUAGCAGGCGCACCAGCAUCAGACGCCCCCCAAAUAUCCGUAAACCUCCGCCAUUCGCAGAUCGCCAAACAGCCACACGUCACAUCACCACCUGAACCAACUUCAAACAACCAUACACGACUCUCACACCCGCCACAAGGAGGCACAACAUACGCGUCCAACGCCUUCAAAUGGAGCUACCGCAACAAUAACACUGAGGAACUGCUAAUCCGCGCCACACAACAACCAAAACCAACCAUCCGCACCAUCCAACAACAACACCCAAUACCACAUCCACCAAACCACAUCGAACUCCCUCCCGGCCGCAUAUCUCAAACCUCAACCCUUUCAUCGACAUCCACAGACUACUCCCCCUUACGCGUCUCCACACUCCCACAACCCCAACAACAAGCACAAGCACCAGCAUACGCCGCCAACGGCCACGACCUGCGCGAAUACCGCAACGAGGAAAUGGCGCGUCGUGCGCGCCGCAGACGCAGACGUCGUGAAGCUGCUGCAGCAGCAGCGGCUGGGAUUGUACCGACGACGGUCGCAGCGACUGUUGUCAAUGUUGGAGGACAUAAUGCCAAAGUCAGCGCGACGCAUUGGGCACAACCGACAUUCUUGAGGAGAGUCACGCAUGACGAUGGGAAGGAGGACGAGCGGGUGCGGUUGCCGAAUAUACAUGAUCAUCAUCAGCAGCAGGUACAGGUGCAAGUACAGCAGAAUAGAGAAAAGAGGCUGUCGAGUCUGGUUGAGAAAGGGAUAUUGCCGGCGCUGCCGAGUAAGACUAGUCAUUAUAUAACGAGUUAG